CGGGCCUGCGUAGCAUUACGUAUUUAAUAUUCAUAAGCCAGUCAUUGGCGCUGCUCAUGCGCACUGUGAGGUAAAGCUUCAAAACAAUGGCGGUAGACGGUUUGACCAUAACAGAGCAAUGGAUCAGAGAGAAAUUGAACCUUCAACACAGCUGCUUAGCGGACGUCCGAUCAUUGACUCUUCCAGGAACAUAUGAAGGGAAAAUCUGUCAUUUAGGAACAUCCCUAAAAAACUUUGUGCGUCUGAAAACACUGGAUCUUUCACAUAAUGCACUGGUUACAGUUCAGGGGAUUGAGCAUUUGGAAAUGCUGGAGAGACUGAAUCUGUACUACAACAGACUGGCGUCUCUACAGGACGUCUUUUCCCUGCACAAGCUGCAGAAUUUAAAGGAACUGGACUUGCGGCUGAAUCCUGUGGUCAAGAGACACCCGCACUACCGUUUGUACUUGGUCCACGCAAUGACCAAACUCCGCAAACUUGAUGACCGUCCAGUGCGAGACAGAGAAAGAAAGGCUGCUCUCAUGCAUUUCUCAUCAGAGGCAAAUCUAGACACUAAUCAUAAGAAACAUGUCUUAACACAAGACACAACUUGCAGAAGUAGUGAGCUCAGAAUAAAAGCAAUGCAGAAGAUGAUGAAGACGCUCUCGCUUCUAGAGGGGAAUGAGGAAGUUGCACUCAAUGACGUUUCUAGCAAGACCUGGAAUAGCAAGAGACCUCAAACUCUCUCCGUCCGCUCUGAGAACGAGUGCAGCCCUCAUCUGUUACAGGAAAAUCCAUCUGAAUCUGAAAUCAUACAUUUAAUCAAUGAUUCUGAUUGUGAAACGUUGCCAAAACAAAAUCAGGAAUCUGUUCCCAAGAGCUCAGAUUAUAAGAAUGAGGCUUCCGUUCGUUCUCAUAGAGUCACGUUUGUGAGCCCCAUCAUGGAGAGCCGUCAGUCGGUCAGGAGUGUGACAGUUCGAGGAGAACACGUCUUUACACCACAUCCUACAGACACGCGGUCUGCUUCACAGGAACUUGAUUGCACAGCCAUUAAAUGGCGAAACCAACAUCAAGACAGAGCAAAUCCAGUCUUGCAUCCUCCCAGAUUAACUUACCAGAACACAGGAACCUCAGAUAGAAGCCCAACUGUGUCAGAGAGAAGACACAAACCACAGAAGGGCGCCUACAGGAAGCCCAUGGAGUUGCUCCUCAGCAUGAUGGAGGAGCUCUGGUCUGGGAAGGAGGAGAAUCAACAAAACAGGACGUUCCUCAUGAAGAUGGUUCAGAUCCUCAGCAUGAUGGAGCAGGAUGUUGUGGGAGGAGAACAGGAGAUCCAAACUCUUAAAGAGACUCUCAAAGCCUUGACCGCUCGGAAUGAACUACAGGAAAAACAACGUCAGUCUGAGAUUGAAGAUCUCACACUUCAGCUUCAGCAGACGCAGGAGUCUAUCACAGCCCUUAACGAGCAGCUGAAGAAUGUGUUGGAGGAAAAUGUGUCUUUACAGAAACAGCUUAUCAGAGCAGAAAAGAAGCUGCUGUCCUCUCAUCUGAAGAAAACCCCAAAUAUGGAGAGCAGAAGAGAGCUGUCAGUCCCUGAGGAUUUGAAUGUGAAAAGACACACGAUUCAAGAGGGAAAUGGAGCGAAUGAGCAGCUAGAGAGCUACAGGACUUUGAUAGCCAGAAAUGAGCGUUUGCUGCAGCAGUUGGAAGAGGCUCUAAUGAGCUGAUUGGUGCAAAUGCUUCCAGUAGACAGUGUGACAUCUGCAUUUAAAGAGUUUUAAUUUAUUACAAAUCUGGCCUUUAAAAGAUGGAUACCUCUUUUUGUAAAAGCCUUUUGUUUUAUAAACAGUCUCAACAUGU